AGAUUUUACAAUAAACACACACAAACAUCGUGCUCAACAUUCUACUACCAUUAGUUUAAGCAUCAAACCAAUGAACGAUGGAGUCAUCACAAGCAGCAACAGUGUCGGCCCCUACAACGGUAGCUGAUCCAUCCACAGAGACAUUUACAGCUUCCACGGCUACGGCACCGUCAGUGGCCGUUAACAGUCAGUCGCCUGAUGCAGCACCCGUCGCUGUCUGCACUCCGGCAGUGGAAAAAGAAGUUCCGGCAGCAGCAGCAACAACAACAAACAACCCAGAACAAAGUGAACCAAAAAUCGAACAAGUGACUACUCCGGCCGACAUGGAGACAGAAACGUCACCGUCGCCAGUUAGCACGCAGCAGGAGGCCGUCGAUCCACUAGCAGUUCCGGAAGAAUCGCCCGAGAUUAGUACCACCUCCGUCGAGGGGGAGAAAUCGACAGCAGAAAGUACGCUAAAGGAGCCUAAACAGGCGGCGGUGGAGAAGAAUCCACUGGCGUCGAAUGAUGGGCCGAUGCCGGACCCGGUUGCAAAACCAUCCACAUCAUCCAAUGAUCCUGCAAAGGAUGAAGUUUGCUCCAAAGAAUCAUCUUCGGAGCUUUCCGAGUCUUUACCCACGUCGACGUCCUCUCCCGGUGGAGAUCCAACACUGAGCAGUAGUAAUGUCGUGGAAGAAGAGACGUCUGUAAGGAGAAGCUCCCCAGUACGAACUCCACCACCGGUGGUAGAAUCAUCUACAGCUUCACCGGAAAAGCUGAGCUCACCGGCUGUCAGUGACUCGCGUGUACCAUUGAAGGGAUCAGCGUACUCAACGUCAUCCACGGUGGAUAGCAGCAGUAGUGAUAAACCUGGUGACAGCAGCGCCGACACCGUCGAAGAACGGCCUAGCAGUAAUUGUAAGGGUAGUGAUAGUGUAAAUAGUAUUAACAACAGUGACUGCAGCAGCAACAGCAACGAGGCAGAAUCUCAAGCGACUGCCACGGACGGUGGCUCCAAGAGCCAGGAAGCGAACACGACAACAUCCGCUGCUCCGAACGAACGAAUACGAUCACCACCAUCUUCCGAGAUCGCUGUGCCGACAACGGCAGAGGUGACUUCGAAUGCUGUGAUAGGGAAAGAGUCCAGGCCGGAAGGCAAUGUAGACCCCAGCGCGAAUGGAGUAGUGAUAGAGGGACGGCCAGAGCCUGGCAAAGGCGCAAAGGAAUCUGAAGAAGGAUGUGAAAAGAAUCCGAACACUGCGGCGAUGGAUGACUCCGGGCGAUUAAGUGGACGGGAGCAGACGAGUGAAAAGAGUAGCAGCAGUGCUUUCGACGGUCAAACAAGCGAGGAAUCACAAGCUGCAGCGAACAUCAAGGGUGUGAAAGAACAACGAGAGGGCGCGGUUCUCGAAUGUCGUGAAUCUGCAGCCGUCCCACCGGAACCUGAUCCCGGUCCACCCGUGGCGGAAGAGUCCAAAAGUGCCGAAGGCUGUAAAACUCUUCAAGCGAUCGAUACAGCGAACAGUAAUAGUAGCAAAGUAGAACAUCACAGCUUGAUGCAAGCGUCCCAAAACGCCGUGGCAGCCGUGGAGUCGUCGCCGAGAGAAGACAAGACGAGCGACAAUAGUGAUAGUAGUAGAACGAUGGGAAGUCUCAAUACGGGAGCACCCAGUCGGCCGGAUUACCAUCAACCGCAGCAACAGCAACCACCGGUGUCCGCCCGCAAUCCACUCCAGUUUACGGAGGUAGCGAACGACGAGGUUGAGCUGAAGGUGGACGGUGGUCAUCUGCUUGAUCGCGUGAUCAAGCUUUCACUGCUCAAAGGUCUGCAGGAUAGUGGGAAACGGUUGGCAAAGAGUAGCCUUAUCAUUUCGGGAGCAGGUGCUAGCGUGGGCGAAGGAGCGAAUGGUGAGGCAACGCUGGCGACCACUUCCUCCCUGAGCAAAGCGAAAAGUGCAGCUGCCGGGUUACGGUUGAUGGAAGAACAUAAAACUACACCACCCGCACUGGUAGCCAACGGUGGAGUUGGUGGCAGUGGUGAUGGAGCUCAGGUGCCGGUGAAAGAACCGGCAAGCAGCACGAAGGAGGUGGCAGAUUCUCCCCAACAAACACCUUCGGGGGGAAGAAUACGUCAUUCAAGCGAGACUACAGUAAGCAGUAGUCCAUCGGGAGAGUUGGACGGUGGAGUGCGUAGCAGCAGCAGUAACAGUUCGCUGGACUUCCGAGAAGAGGAACGCUCUGGACCGACACAGGAGGUCGCAUCGCCAGCAUCCUCCAGCUUGGAGGCAUCUUCGAGCCGAAGUUCCGCAUCGGGACGUGACUCAUCGGUCGCUCCGAACAGUAACGACGGGCAUCUGCCCGUAAAAGCACGCAAACCACAGUACUACGCCAGUAUUCCGGACUUUUCGAAACAACAGUUCGCCUCGAGCACAUCCACCUCCUCCUCCUCGUCCUCGUCCUCUUCCGUGCCAACGUCGACCACAACGGCGACGAAGAGUCUCACCCAGCUGCACAUGAAAACGCCCGACUUUAGUUGCCUAGCGUCUGGCACGGCAUCAUCGGUACCGUCCAGCCAAACGUCGCCGUCUUCGACCACCACCAACUCAACAACCUCGACCGCCGCUUCGAUGAACGUGCGCACGACGAGCGAGUUGAAAAUCUCCAAUCCAGACUUUACCAAAGGGUUUGCGGCGCAGCACGCGCACUAUGGGGCGCAUGGCAACUACCCGCCUACUUCGAGCUACGAACAGCAGCAGCAACCUGGCAACAGCUCCUCACCAUACGUAUCGCAGGAUACGUUCAGCAAGCUUAUCAAGGAGCGAAACUACAUUGCGGAUUUACAGUUGAAAAAUCCACCCCCGUCUCAAGGCCCGCCCGAGGGUCCAGUGGUUGUGAAAGGUGCUAGUUCCCAGAACGAGUAUCCGCCCUCCUCCAGGGGAGUGGUGGUAGACACUACAUCUUCUUCAUCAUCAUCAUCGUCAUCAGCAGCAGGAAGUAGUGCGUCUUCUUAUGGACACGCCCCACAAACGUCCAACAAUCAGUACCGUCGCUCAAUCUCGGGGACGGAGAAUGGCGUGGAACAGGAACCGAAGGCACAUGUGAUCCACAAAAGCGUGGCACCCCUGCCACCGCCACCUGCCUCUUCUCAACCCAUUGGAGGACAUCAUGCACCGAAAACGUGGAAUCCUCCCGAAUUUAGCAGCAAACACUUUACUCAAGCACCACCGACGGCGUCCCAUAACCGUCCUUCCAGCGGUGCGAAUGGAUCUGGACCAUCCUCGACAUCACCUUCGUCGCGAGAUCCAUCACCCGCUCCUUCAUCAUCCUCACCACAUCAACCGCCGUACGGACCGGCCGGUGGGUUAGUGAACUACGCCGGAAAAGCUCCCCACGCAGGUCCAACGUCCGUCGUCGGUACGGAGCGAAUCAUUGUGAACAAUGUGCGAACGUACUAUCCGGAGGCAUCUGUGCCACCUUCGGCGGCGUCGGCACCAAAUGCAAGUGCCCAUGCUCACCCCGCUUCGCCAUACACUUCGUUGCCGAAGGUGAAGGAUCCUGAGUUUCGGUUGGAUCACAACAAAGAGCAGCUACUACUGCAGGAGGGAACGAUCGUGACGGUGAAACAGCCCUACCCAAAUCACACUACCGGGCGUGGUCCGCUACCAGGGCCUCAUGCUGCUUCUAACCCCCCUCCACCUUCUACAACCCGAUCACCGUCCGCCGAGAGACGCGAAGCGCAGAUGAUGCAGAAUUCGCAAGAUAUCCUGUAUCGCGAUUACAAGCAGCAUAAAAAGCCUACCAGCAGCAGCACGGUAGGGAUGAGCAGCAGUGGAAAUAGCACGCGUCCUCCAGGACCUGCGGGAGGACAGAUGGAUCGUAGAUCACCGUACGAUACAGCGGCGUACUAUGCGCAUCAACACAGACCACCAGUAGUUCCUCCGCAAGCCGGUGGGUUGAUGCAUCCGCCGCCACCGAAUUGGCCCGCACCUGGCCCUGGUCAGCAUCAUCCGUCGCAUCAACUGCAGCGAGGUCCUGCUGCCCCAGGCGCACGCAACAGUCCACAAGACAUGGGUGCAAGUCCGGUUUCAUCACCUGCUCCACCACCGCCAACGAGCCAGCAGCAGCAUCAUUAUCAACAACACCAGGGGGCCUAUUACGGGCAGUACAAAAAUGCACCCAGUCCCGUGUCGGGAUCGACGUACGGUUCCAGCUCGUCUCCUUCUCAACCGCAAGGAGCGGGUGGAAAGUAUCCUCCCCAACAGCAGCAUUACGCUGGUGGCGGAUCCGGUACGACUCCCGACAGACGGCACGAAGUGAUGGACCGUGGUGUUGGACCCGGCAACUACAAGGGGCUGGACUUCAAUAUGGAGCAAAAGUUUGCGGAAGUGUAUCAGGCACAUCAGGCGAAGGAAAAGCAGGCGGCAGCAGAAGCGGCACAUGCCGCUGCGUCCAACCCAUCGGCAAGACAGCAGGGUCCGAGACAUGGGCCGGCUGCUGGUGUGGGCGGUAGUCCGGGAACUUCAUCCACUCCCGGGGGACCACCGACGAAGGGACCGGCACCUUACGGACCAACUGGGUACGAGCAGUACCAUCCGUACUACCAGCACUCACAAGCGACACCUUCUCCAACGUCUACUCCAUCGCCAGUGCCUUCUCCACACCAUCGGAAGUACAGUGGUCCUCCGUCAAGAGAUCCUUCCCCACUGGGACAGCAACCACAGCAACCGCCACCGCCACAUCAUCGAUAUGGUUCCAGUGAGCCGUUGUACCACAUCCCACCUGGAGCAGGUCCUCCGACAAUGUACAUGCAUUCGGGGCCACCGAAACCAAACGAACAGGGAGUUCCAUCGCAUCCUCCCGGACCGGUUACUUCGUACUAUCAAAAUCAGCCAUCGUCGUCGUCCUCCUAUUCGAGUGCUGGGUAUCCCAACCGUCCGCACCAUGCUGGAGGUGUCGUUAGCCCGAGCCAACAUCAUAACUCCUCCCAACAGUCUGUGAUAAGCGGUAAUAGCCCGUACGAUAGGUAUGCUCAUCCGUAUACUACCGGCGGACCGCCUCAACCCACACCCGGAGGACAGGUGCAACAACAGCCCCAUCAACAGCAACAGUCGUAUCAAGCAAAGCCUUCGCUUCCCUAUCCACCGGCAGGACGUCAGCAAGGUCCUCCACCAUUGCAACCAACUCCACCAUCGGCAGGUGCUGCACCAUCCGCCGUAAUCCAUCCACCUGUGGCGGGAAGCAAGAACAUUCCCGUGCGUGUAAUUGCUACAGCACCGCCAGCAUCAUCAUCAGCAUCGGCUUCCAGUGCGGGCUCUAAUACACUUCCCACGGUACAACAGCAUGGACCACCUCGAUCGACGGGACAAUCCAGCGCAUCAUCCUCGUCGGCGCCUGUGCCACCAUCGCAGGCAGCUCUGGCAGCAGGAGAAGGCAGCGGAAGCACGCAACGAGACUUGAACGCUACCGUCGUGGCAACGACCCCAGUAAUCAUUGCUCCGAAGCGUGAGUCUCCGCUGGAUCUUUCUGUGAAAACGGUUAAGACUAAAGCGGACUCGACGGGGUGUGAUGAUUACGCGACGAGUGCCAGUAACAGUAGCAUCAGCAGCAGUAGCAGUAACAGCAGUGUCGGGAAUGGACGACCACGAGAGGUAGUACCCAAGGUGGACUUUAGUCCAAACUUUCAAAAACACAUUCCUCCAAGAGGUGCUCCGGGACCGAACUUUGCUCAAGGUUCUUCUGGUCCUCCGGCCUUGGGUGGUAGACUACCGGAACCGCAUCUCCCACCGCGUCCAACACCUUCGCCAACACGUCACGUUUCGGUGAUAAGUCCUGCAAUUCCUCCCGGCUAUGAUAAGAAAACGGAUGCCUACCUGUCGGCAAACUAUCGUGCCGUUGGAGGACCGCUGACAACUCCGGCAUAUCAGUAUCCUCCCUCACGAUCCGGGCCUAUGCCGGGUGCGUACGAAGGCUCAUCGUCGUCUGCUGGAUCCGGAUCUUCCGUGGCCUCGGCAAGCAGCAAGAGCGUGUACUAUCCUCCAGCGGGUCCGGAAUAUGGACGUCCUGGUGGGAAAACGGGAUCCGGAAGCAUCGUAACAGGGCAAGCGGCCCCAUUAUCGGCGAGUGCCUCAAACUCUCGCUCUAAUCCACCGUCGCACGGUGGUGCCAUGGCAGGACAAGCGUCUGGAGCUUCUCAGCCGCGCAUGGACGAUCCCCGCAUCGAAGAUCGCAAGUUUGUGGAGAGUAUGCUGAAGAAGAAAACGUCACCCUCGUCGGAUGUGAUGGCGGACCUGCAGGCAGGCAAGUUCCCGACCCGCAUUCCGCAGGGUUUGGUACCGAAGAAGCGAGCGGCAGCGGCCGCCGCAGCUGCAGCAGCAGCAGAAGCCGCCCUCACCAAGCAAGGUCCAGUUCCGCCGGGAAGUAAUUCUCCUGCAAUAGCUCCAACACCCGCCAAGGUAGCCAAGUAUGAAGAUCCACAGACGUCACGUAGUCAAGCUCCUCCACCACAGGGAUCAUCUCAUGCAUCUGUGCAAGGAGCUCCGUCAUUCGAUGGACGUUAUGGACCUUCGCGGGAAGGUCCUUAUCCAAGCUACGGUCCUCCAGGUCAUCAUUAUCCGCCCGCCGGCAAACGUCCAUCGCCACCUGAAAUGUCCAACGGUCCACCUGCUGUACAUCCAUCCGUGAUAACGACCAACUAUCACCACCAUCCACAGGCCAUUUUGCAGCAACAUCACCAGCAGCAGCAGCAGCAGCAGCAGCAACCGCAGUAUGAUGCACGCUACUAUCAGCAUCAUGCUGCCGGUAUGCCACCAAAAGCUCGCGACGAUCACGUGAUGCCCGUGUACCACCAACCGCACUUGAGGGGUGGAAGUGCGGCAGCACCGUACACUGCCCAUGCUUACGGUGGAUACGCGAAGGAAGAACCGAACGCUCCACCACACCCACCAUAUCCGCCGCAUCCACAUACCGAUCCGGCGGCAUAUCACAAGGAGUCUCAAUCAUUUCGCUAUGGCGAGUCCUUGAAGCCACCGCAGGAGCAUACGGCUGCCGUCCAUCAUAUGCAAUCACACAUCCACUAUACCGGUGGCAGUGCCGGAGGAGCUAUGACAAAGGUUCCACAUCAAAUGCCACCACAUCAACAGCAGCAGCAGCAGCAACUUCAUCAUCAUCAGCAGCAGUCGCACAGUCAAGCACCGCAUCAUUUGCCGCCUUCUCAAUCGACAGUAGCUCCAGAUGCGCCGAUGGGUGUACCUCAAUAUCCACCAUCGGUUCAUCCCAGCUACGGACCGGCCCAGCAUCAUCGCGGAGCGGAUCAGUCGGUGAUAUCGAAGCUUCGCACCAGCCUGGAGCAGAAGGAGUACGAAAAGCAGCGCAUCAAUCAGCUUCGCAAGCAGCCGCCGGGAGUGGAGCAACCAACGGAGGAAGAUCGUUCCCAGAAGACAUCGAUCACCAGUGCAUCUCCGGUCGCAGCCAGCAUUGUCCCUCCGAUGCAUGAAAUUCCUUCACCGUCGUCACGGUUUCGUACCAAGGGUGAACUGAAAGGCUAUACACCAUUGCCGACGCCGAGUGUGGUCAGCAUGCCGCCGGCACGAUCGAUCGACGAUCCUGCUCAGCUGAAGAAGGACGGACAGGAAGGCGCUGGUGGUGAGGAAACAAGUGAUGAUAAGAAACGGUCAAUUGUUCCACCGGCCGAUCUGGAUGGUGCGUCCGCAUUGGACAUCCUGGACUGGGGCAGUGCCUGCAACGAGUUUGUCGAGCAGUUGCAAACGGGCAAGAAGCGUGGUCGACGGAAACGAGCUGCUGGGACGACGGCGUCAGCCGCAUCUACCAGUGGUCGCGGUUGGCCUGCAAUCGAUUCCCUCGAACCGACGGUCCCAUUGCCUGAUGGUGCGUCGACCGAUCUUUCGGCAAUUCCGAAAGAAGUGCUCAACUCUGCCCGCUCGCCGCAUCGUCUGAAGGGUGACCGCAAUGGAAGUGAAAGCUCAAGCGAUGAGGACAAACCGCUGCUACUGCUUCGCCAGCAGUCUCAGCAACAGAAAGAGCAGGACGGCAAAGGGCCAGUGCAGCCGGAAAAGGUGGCACGCAAUCAUCGGGAAAGGCAGCGCUUGGAGCUGGAGCAGAAGCAUGAAGCAAAGCUGGGUCGCUCGAGCAGUACGGACAGUGAAACGGCACGCGUCGCUUCUGCCGCAGCACAGCGCGCGAAAGCACGUGUUCGGAAGCUGCGUCAUCGGUCGAGCGUUGCACCGACGCUGUCACUGAAAUCCUCCGACGGGGAUGGUGAUGUGACGGCCGACGGGGGUGAGGAGGACGGUGGCAAACCGGGCUCAAAGCGUAGGCCACAUGCGCUAGCACCAAACGCAAAGCGGAAGCGUAUCCGUGGUCCCGGAUCACGAUCGCCAUCGUCUUCCGCUGCGUCUUCCUCGUGCGGGGAAAGCAGCGAGCCCGGGACGAAGAAGUCAACCGGGAACGAAGGGCCCAAGAAGCGAGGUCGACCGAAGGGAACCAGAGCACCUGGCUCAAAGCGUGGACAACAGUCGAGCAACAGCCGAUGCCAGAGCGGUGCAAUCAAGCAGGAACCCAACGAAAACAGUGAUCUUAGCUCAGACGACGAACCUCGAGCCGUGCGUACGCCGCACAAAAAUGGAUCCAGCGCGGCGAACAACGAUUCAGCACGGAAGCGUGGUGAUGCAACCGGUGGAGGGGGUGGUGGUGGUGCGGGAGGACCUUCUGGGGGUGGUGGCAAUGCAGGCGGUAAAGCACAGCACGGUCACAAAGUGAAUGAAUCGUCCGCGUGCAACGGUGGGCAAAAGGACAAGAGUGCCAGCGCGAAGAAAAAGUUCGUAAAAACGCGUACUAACUCCCGCUCGAAGGCAGAACUGUCCUCGGACUCGUCAUCCUCCAGCUCGGGCUCUUCAUCGUCCGAAGAGGAGGAGGAGGAGGAGGAAGCGGAAGAGACUAUGACACGGUCGCGCAGCAAGCGGGAAGCCGAACGGCGCCGAUCGAACAGCAAAGUGUUGCGCAAUGAUAAGAUCGUCGAAAAUUGUCCCAAUCCGGGACAGAAUCAGCGAGCAGCGGGCACGCGGAAUCGCGUGGACAGUGAACGAACGCCGUCAAAAAAGGCCAAAAAGGAGCGUAAAUUGUCCGCCGGGGAACCAACGACCAAGCGGUCCAAGUCGCGCGUGGUGGAGUCGGAUUCGGACGGUGGAAAAGCGGCCGAAUCAUCCGCGGUCGUGCCGCGCAAACGUACUCGACAGGCUUCAAAAAACGCGCCAAACUCGUCGGCUGGUUCAGGCGAGUCGGCGAACAGUUCGAGUGAGGGGGAGGAAGGGCAGGCGGAUAUGGCGGAGCGGUUGCGCUCGCGGAAGGUGGCAAAGAGGCUGCCCGUCGACGGUCAACCCGCCAGUCGAAGGCAGUCCACGGCUAGUGCCACGAAGGGUGGAUCGCGCCGGGCGAGCACUACGUCGACGGCGUCGUCGGCGAGAAAGAAAGGCGCGUCCGGCGCUUCCAGCAGCUCCGCUGUGGCUGGGGUGAAGAAGUCGCUCAAAGAGCUCAACCAGCAGACAGCCGUCGCUCCGGAUCACUUCUAUCCCGGCUGGGAGAAGGAACUGUACGAGUACAAGCGGUCGCUGAAGGUACCGCCCGAGCUGAUCACGAUCGACGGUGGGUUGUACAUGCAUCGGAUAUCCACGUCCCUGCCGGAUCUGGACUCGCCGCACCAUAGCGAUGGGUCGGAAACGUUCUCGGAGAUUGUGAAGAAGCUAAGCCAACGUGACGUCGGAUCGGCUCCGCCCAAACGCUUCAAAACGAAGGCCGCUGCUAAGCAGCAGCAGCAGCAGCAGCAGCAACCGUUGCCCGGGACGUCAUCCUUUGCCUCAACCCCGCCAGUGCGUGUGAAGGAGGAGGAACAGACCCGUCAGGAGCGCAAGAAGCUUGACGAUAAUGAAAAGUUCAGCUCGAUCAUUGAGCUGCUGCAUCGUCGCUGCCUUGCGGCACAAGCUGCGAAGCCUACGGUCUCAUCGUCAUCCGGUCGGGGCAAGGGUGCAAAGGGCGCAGGUAAGGGCGCCAACAGCAACAACACCUCCAGCAGUGAGAGCACCAAACCCAAGCAGGAGUACGAACUGUUGCCAACUCCCGGUGCCGAAUCGGAGUCACUGUUCAGCAAGAACAGCAAGAAGAAAAAGUCACUCUUCGAUACGGCCAUCUUGAAGUCGCGAACGCGCACCGAACAGAAGGCGAUGCAGAGCAAGGAGAUGAUCCGCGAGGUGUUUGGAGGGGAUGGUGAGCGGCCCCAGUCGGCGCCACCGCUCAGUUGCGACCCAGAACCGCCGCCCCUGUUCGAGGAAGGUCUGCAGAACGUGACGUACGACGAGAAGUACAACGAGCUGAUGCGCAACGUCGAUCGGAUCGUCGGGGAGCUUGAUGGUGGAGCGGUGGCUGCGGCGAUGACACCGACCCCAGCAACGGUCAAGGUCAAGCAGGAACCUCCGGAAGAGGAGGAGGAGGAAGACGAGGAAGACGACGAGGACGAUGACGAUACGCAGGACGGGAGUGUGCGGAUGAAGGAUUCCGAGCGGGACACGCCGUCGAUCGCUUCCGAGCGUGGAGAACGCGAACUUCCCGGUACACCGCUGUCCUUCAAUGGAGGGGCAGCAAUCGCGAACGGGAAUGGUGCGAAUGGAGUUACAACCACCGCAGGACAGUUGACGGUACCCCCCGCACCGAAAAAGCGUGGCCGUGGCCAUCGUACAUCCCGUCGGAAGGGCAGUUCGGGGUUUGACUACAUUCGCAAGAAGAAGAAACCCUCGCAACAGCACAGCCAGGGUAGCCAUGGCAACCAGCAGCACGGAGCGUCCGGUGUGAAUGGCGUGAAUGGAGCGGUAAGCGUGCGCAAGGUGACUGCGUUCGAGAAUAUGGAGGGCAAGGACGAGACGCACAUCAGCAAGGAGAUCCGGAGCUGGGUGCUGAACAAGGGUGUCGGCGAGAGCGUCAUGCAUAAGGCCGCCCGUCUUGGCUACACGGACGUCAUCGUGUACUGUUUGGAGCGGCUGGACAUGGAUCCCGACCUGAAGGACAAUGCUGGGUAUACGCCCCUGCACGAAGCGUGUGCGAAGGGACAUCUGGAUAUUGCCAACUAUCUGCUACAGUACGGGGCGAGCCACUCGGAGCCAGCGCCAUCGGGGAUGCGGCCAUUGCACGAGGCGGUGGAGAAUUCGUUCGUGGAAAUUGUUCGCCUGCUGCUCGCCUUCGGUGCCGAUCCGAUGCUGGCGACGUACGCCGGCAUGACACCGAUACAGCUAGCCGAAAGCGAUGAUAUGACGCUGUUUCUGGAGCAUCACCUGAAGGACGUGCAAAGUAUGGCACCGAACAAGACUGGUUGGAAGUUUGAUGGACCUUGGAAGAUUCACGAUCCAGAAGAGAGUGGCUGCAACGUGUUCUCGGACAUUCCGGGAUUUGAGGAAGCGGACAGUGGACUGACGACAUCACUACUCAACACAAGCGGCACCAGUAGCAGCGGUGUGCUAUCGUCCACCUCGAGCAAGCAGUGCGAUUCCAAUUCCAACAUAAUGCACUACGAGGUGGGAGGAAGUGCUACCACCACCACCAACAACAACAACAACAGCACAACGACCGAUACAGACGGUGGACCGGCACGUAAGCGCAACGGCAUCACGGCUAUCGCUGCCGCCACCCUGCCGGCUGGGCUGCGGAAUGGUAAAAUAAAGCGCGAGCUUCCGAAGCAAGAGAGCGAGCAGUGUCGUCUUCCGAAUGGUGGGGGCGUUGAGCCACGGCCGAAGCUAGUGAAUGGGCAGGUAAGGAAAGACGGAGAGCAGCCGGAUCUGGAGCUGCACGAUGCCGGCAGUGAGGAUAGCGAGGGAGGCGGCGAGAUUAACUUCGAGUAUGAGGAGUCGGAUCGUCCCCUGCCACCGCUGUACGUGCUGAAGGACGAGUACAACGAGCGCUGGAUGCUGAUGAGCGAUCUUUGCACCUUUCUCAAGUUCAAGUCGAAGGAGGCCGUGCUGAGACAGAUAUGUCCCAACAAUUCGCCAACCAAUCAGCGCGAGCUAAUACGGGAGAUGAAGAUCGAAGAGUUCCUGACGCGGGCCAACUGUCUGCAGCUGUUGUGCGCCGGCGAGAAGCUCAACAUACACGCCUCCAAGGUGGUGCUGGUGAAGUACAACGACAGCGUCAAGAGUCUGCUGCAGGUGCAAAGCUACGCGACACGCAUCUAAGUGGGCGCUGGUGCUUUCCCGUAUCGUGCGCAAGACUGAACCGAUCAUUAGAGAACAACAACAUUGGAACAAGAACAAAAAAGGGCGGAUGGUGUGAAUAUCCACAAAACGCGCAUCACACGUAAAAGAUUGAAUUAGUAGACAGAGGGUGUGUUAGUUAGUUAGUGAUUUAGUGGUAUCGGUAAGGUUUGUAGCAAUUUAAAUGUAAUUAUGUUAUUUCUGUCUUUCAUCCCCUUUUUGCUCCUCAUUCCUGUUUAAUUAGUUGUUUUUUGUUUGUUUUCGGCAGCAGUUUCUGCUAUCAAUGUGUGUAUGUGUGCGUGAGCGCGUGUGAAUGUAGGAAAUGAAUGUAGCUUAAUAGAAGAAAGGUUUGGGGGAGAGAGAGCGACAGAUUGCGAUGUGUCCUUACGCAUCCUCCUGGUGGAGGAGAGAGAUAGAGAGUGAGAGAGGUAUUUAGCAAAAAAAAGCGAUCGUGUUAUUUGAUAAGACAUCCUUAGCCUAAUGAUUGUGAUUUAGACACAUUUGUGGGGUGGUGGUGUAGGUAGGUGUAGUAAAAGAACAGGUUAAAGCAUAUAUAUAUAGACCAGCGAGAUUGUGGCUAGCAUAUCCGGUACGGAAACUCUGUAGCAUAAGCAAGCAUAUUUAUUCAAACUUCCCUGACACGCCGACACCACACUCAUCACUGUAUAAGCGUGUGUGUGUGUACUCAUUGAUACAGUUACACUCCUCCUCGUUGGUUAUGUACGGUUUGAUUCGUUUUAGCAAACAAAACAAGGUGUAUAGUGUAGCUUCUUUCUUUUUUUAAUGUUUUAUGUUAGUAUUUUGUUCCGUUUAUGUUUAUUCUGUUUUUUUAGCAUAAUUGUGUCUGUUAGUUUUAGACUUUCGUUUAAUAGAAUCGUUUGUUUGUGUGUUGCUUUCGUUCGUUGCCCCCCCCCCCCUCCCCUUUGUGUAGUGUACCCGGAGGAAAGGGGAGCUAGCUAGCAAAAGGUGUAGAUAUGUGGCAGUUUGUUCAGUUUUAAUCAAUUUCGUUGAGCUAGAUAGUAAUGGUUUUUUUUGUGUUUAUUAUAAGUUAUAGGCUUUUUUUCUUGUUGUUUGAGAGUAUCGUUCUUUUAUCGUUGAAUGCGGCGGACAGCUAAUCCCUAUUUUGCAGUGAAGAAGUGGAUAGAGGAUACUCGAAUAGAUCGUGUUGUGUUGUUGAGCAGUAAUUUAGCAAAAAAAGGAAACAUGGAGAAAGGAAGAGACGGAACUCAUUGACUGAUUGUUCACUAUUUCUUUACAUUUUUUGUGUGUGUACAAGAUGGUAGCGAAAAAGCCUAAAAUGGAAGUAGGAACUGUGAACAAGGUUUGGGGCCGUAGAGUGCAGAGUGCAGGUGCCUAAUUGAAUGAGCGACAGCUACGAGGUGUCAAGGCUAAUGAUAAGGAAAAUGACAAUUUGAAGGUUUCACGGUGGUGUGGUCCGAGCGUUUCGUGUUGUCCAUGCGGGGACCGUCCCCGUUACGACACCACACCCUCUGGGGUAGGAUUGUUGAGUUUUUGAAUGUUCCAAGUGCAAUCAUAGAUUUGCAAAUUUUAACGCAAACGAACCCACGCAACAAUGAUAAAGGGAUGAAGGACAGGUUGUAGCUAGCAAACGAGGCAGGAAAGGAAAGAAAGAAAGAGAAAGGAAGGUGUAGCGUGUAAAGUUUUACUACACGAAGGGACAGUUUCGUAACCGUAUAUAUUAUACACACACAAUUAGUAAGAGGGUGACUUUCGCGUCAUCUUUUCAACGGCAGCGGUGUAACAAGAAUGAUGUGACAAAGGAAUAUAGGAUACGUAACGUAAUUGGAAUGGCAAGCAAAACAUGUGAUGAUUUUCGAAACGAGAAAGAAAAGUAAAACUAAAGCGGAACACUUUAUAGAUAAGCGAAAGGGGAUGGCAAAUGGCGAAAGGGAGGGUAUAGAUGCAAACCGAAAGGUGUUUGGUUAGCGAGAUAGAAGAAAUACAGAUAUAGAGAGAAAGAGAGUAAUAUUAUACAAUUAUUAUUAUAUGUAAUGGUACUAUUAACGAAACAACAGCGACAGCAACUAAAAAACGACUCCGUACAUCCGAUUACGAAUAUUACUCUACGUGCGUGCGUAAAGGAUCGCGUGGCGCAAGAACCAUGUGGAUUAAACAUUCAUAUGUGUGUGUGUGUUUGUAAAAGGAUAAAUGAAAUGUAUUCGAAGCAGAUGUGUCGUGAAA